AUGGGUCCAUUAUCUAUACCUGAUGUAUUUCCAAAAAUUUGUUUAUUUAUUACAAAUCAAGCUAUUGUUAAAGCUCUCAAUGCUAAGCUUAAAUCGGUCAAUGUAUGCGAAGAAUUUAAUGUCGAAAAACUAUAUUUUUAUCAUGUUGAAGAAGGUGAUAAAUUUCCAUUCAUGAUUUCUUUUAAAAUGAAUGGUAUCAUACAUGUUGUUGCUGAUACAUUUGUUUACAGUAACCUUAAAUAUGGCAUAUAUUUAGGUGAAGUUCUUCUUAAAUUUGAUAUCCGAACAGAUCUUCCAUUUGAAGAAGUCUUAGAUAGACUCACCGGUUAUUCAACGAAAGAUAUUGAUCCUAAAAGUAUCACAUAUUUUGAUCCAAUAAUUUUCAAAGAAGGUCCCGAAAUGCAAAAUUUCGGAUAUGAUGAACCAAUCAAUAAUUAUAUAGGAGCACUUAACAAAAUGUACAAACUUGAAAAAGCAUCAAGACUCUUUCAUUUUGCAGCCGAUAUUAAUUUAAAAUAUAACAGAAUUAAUAAGCUAGCUGCUCUUUAUGAACCACAAGGAAAUAAACAUAUCUAUAGAGUUAUAGAAUUUGAUGAUCCAUAUAUUUUAAAGAUGGAAGGACCAAAAGAAGAAAAGAAGAAAGCUUCAUUUAUUGAUUCUUUGAUAUCACUUCCUUCAAAAAUAUAUUCUUAUUUUACCGGAUACAAAAAUCUUCAAAAUACAAAUUAA